AGGGGGCUCUCUAUGGCAGGAAGCGGGUGCAGGCCGCCAUCUUACUAGAGGCAGAGCGUGUCUGUCUGUGCUGCGGGAAACGGUUCGAGCUCAGCGACUGAUUGACAGAGAAUGUCCACAUUGUUCCCGUCACUGUUGCCACAAGUCACAGAGUCCUUGUGGUUUAAUCUGGACAGACCAUGUGUCGAUGAGAAUGAAUUGCAACAGCAGGAGCAGCAACAUCAGGCCUGGCUCCAGAGCAUAGCUGAGAAGGACAACAGUUUGGUUCCCAUCGGCAAGCCGGCAUCUGAGCCUUAUGACGAGGAUGAAGAGGAAGAUGAUGAGGAUGAUGAAGAUAGUGAAGAAGACUCAGAAGAUGAUGAAGACAUGCAGGACAUGGAUGAAAUGAAUGAUUAUAAUGAGUCUCCUGAUGAUGGGGAGAUAGAGGCUGAUAUGGAAGGAGCCGAGCAGGACCAGGACCAGUGGAUGAUCUAAAGGAAAUUGCAAGAAAUAAACACCACUUCCCAGUGAGCUGUCCAAACCUGAGGACAUUUCUGUGCUAAUAAAGGAAUCGAAAGAGACUGGCGUUCAUGACAUAACGACCAACCAAUGGGAGUUGCAGUCUGUAGCAUAUCUGAUAUGACCUCCUUGUUGUAUACAAUGUGAUGAUCCUCUGUUUAUCCCGUAGCUGUACCACUUAGUGCCAAGCUUGGGACGGUCAUGGGAUGGACUACAUUACCUAUGGUGCUGACCUUUACGAUCUUUAAUGUGAUUGAACUCAAAGAAUCAGAUUUAAAUGUACACAACUAUUCUGUUCUAAGAUGUCUGUUUUCAUCCAGUGUCAGUCUGAUGAUGGCACGCAGUGCGUACUCUCCAGGCUGGCACUGCUGCCAGUGUACAUCAAAUUGAGUGCCAGGUGCACAAAUGUACAAUGAGAGGCA